CGCUUUUUGCUUUACUCUGAGUGUUGCAGACUCGGCAGAUUUGAGUUUGAACGGGACGGAGCUGAUAUCAGUUUUGUAAGCAGGGUGGCGGAGCAGUCACAAAAGCAUUUCACUGCCAGUUGUACUGUGUAUGACCAGAGAGAUGUGGUGGGUGCUAUGGGUGCUCGCCAUCUUGCUGGCUCUCUUCUGCAUUCUGGAUGUGUGGUACUUCCUGCGGGCCGGAGCGGUGAUCCUGCGAGCCUGGUUUCAGCCUCCAGUCUGGGAUGUCACAGCAGAGCAGGUUCUAACAGGCCGGGUCACUCCCCGUGACAUCGACAUGUGCCACAUGAACAACGCUCGGUACCUCCGGGAAUGUGACUUUGCUCGCUUCUCUCUCUACAUGCGUAACGGCGUCUUUAAGGCUGUGCGAGCCCUCAAAGCUUCGAUGGUGGUGGGGGCCACAACCAUUCGUUAUCGCAGGGCUCUGUGUAUAGGAGAGGGUUAUGAGCUGCGCAGUCGGAUCGUCACUUGGGAUGACAAAGCCUUUUUCCUGGAGCAGAGAUUUGUGUCGACAAAAGACGGCUUGGUGUGUGCCGUGAUGUACUGCAAGCAGAGCGUCAUACGCAGCAGCCCAGACAAGAUCCUGCAGCACCUGUGUAAAAGAAAGGUGGAGUGCCCCGAGUUUCCAGAGGAUCUUCAGCACUGGGUCAACUUCAUCUCUGCCAGCAGCCAGGCCCUCAGGAGUGAGAGUGGCCUAGAAGACAAGAACAAAUAAGAUUAUAUGCGUGGGCAGAUAUUAGGAGUGGCUUUUUGUCAGCCAGCCUGUUUACAAGCCCAGGAUGAAAGUCCUCUAAGAGAGAGUCCUUUCCACAGUCACUUCACUUGAACACACUUGUGCCUGCACUUUGUACAAGCGUUAUUUAGAUCCCAACGUUUGCAGAGAUGAAACACUGGAGUAACAGCACACUACAUUGUGCUGAUAGGUUGUUAUGUUAAAUAACAGCCCAAUUCAAUAUUAGAAAAUAUUAUUAAUACAAUUUUAUAAGGUGUGUCAUGAUGUGCUAUAACAGCAAUAAAACAAUUCAGGAGAUUGGUUUAGAGUUUUUACUAUAAUUAGUAUGGUACAAAACACAAUAGUAUGUGAGUGUGUGUGUG